CAGUACUGUACAGGACACUUAAACUCAGCUAAGAAACACGGCAAGUUUGCCUAUUUGGAUCAACGUUUACGACUGGAAAUCUGCUAAGUGUUAAUUACACUAACUUAGUUUGUCACGAAGACUGUGGAAUUACCCAGGAAUUGAGAGUAAUGUAAUGUUAAUCACUCCAGAUUUUUCAGCAGGUUGAUGUUAAGGAAAACAUCAUUGUAACUGCUAAAACUUGACGCAACAGAGAUGAUAAGCCAGCUUUUAGUUGCCCUCAGUCUUUUUGUGUGUCAGUGUCAUGGUGGCUGUGCAGAGGUGGACUCCAUGACUGAAGCUGUGGCUGGGGAAGGAUUUUUGCUGGGUUGUAUCUCCUGUAAAAGACGAGAGGAAGUCUCCGCCUCAGCCACUGUAGACUGGCAUUUUAAACGGCUGGGAGAAGAUGAGUUUAGCCAUAUCUUCCACUAUGAUCACCCAAGUGCUGACAUCCUCCACAAAGAUUUUAGCAACCGUCUGGAGUGGCAAGGCACACAAAACCGUGACAUUCAGAUAGGAGGCAUUUUCAUCAGUAAUGUAGCCUUUAAUGACACUGGGACAUAUCGCUGUACUUUCCAUCGCACCCUUUUCCUGCCUUUGUACGAUGAACAAGUCAUUGUGGAAAAGGAGGUGGAGCUCACUGUGGUGGCAGUAGCCAAUCGGGAACUGACGGCAGUGAUCUCAGAGAUUAUGAUGUAUGUGCUGAUUGUGGUUCUACAGCUGUGGCUCAUUGUGGUUCUGGUCUACUGUUACAAGAAGAUAUCAGAGGAGCACGAGGCUCGGGAGGCCCGUAAAGCUCUCAAGGCCCAGGCAUUACUAUUACAAUCAAAAGACAACUGUGAUGGAGUUCAGCUGGACUAACAUUAUCAAUCAGUCCAAAGACUCAGCUUUCACUGCUACGGUAUAAUUUUGCCAAAAAAAAAAAAAAAAGGAUUGAGUGCGUUACUUAGUGAUUUACAGAGGUAC